CUCUGGCUUCCAGAUCCUCCCAACGCCAGGAGGAAGGGAGCUGCGGAUCCCGCUCUUCGGCUCGCAAGGUUUUCCCCGGAGAGAUCCGGCUCUGGCGUUGCCUGCAAGGACCGUCUCCCUCCCUUCCCUCCGGGGGGGGGUGGCAAAUAGGGGGGUGGAUCUACCCCCUUCUCACCCGGCCAAGGCUCCCCGGGGAGGGGGGGGUCCAGGCAGGAACUUUGGGGAGGUUACUUUCAGAAAGUCUCUCUGUGGGCCGUUUGAACAGGAAGCCUCUGAACAUCCGUUUCCCUCAAGUGCAGUUGCAAAAAUGGAGUAAACGGAGUUUUAAAAGGUGGUUUGAGAUAUGCAAGGUGGAUUUAACACAGACUGACCUCAGGGCAAUGGGAAGGGGAGCGUUUGGGACAUAGAAAAGAUUUAAAUGAUUUGAAUGGAGCUCAUGUUUUCUUCAAACCCCUCUCCCCGCCCCCGAGUUCCUCUUUCUUUGAGCUCCGUCUAAAAGGGGUAAAAUAACAUUCUUUAUUUUUAUGCUAAUUUUUACUUUGCUUUUUCUUUAAAAAUCUGGGUAGAAUUUCUAAGCUUUGCAUUUCCCUUGUUUUGCCCAGAAGAGGCUGGGAUGUGGCAUCGCCUCCUAGGUGGAUGUUUUAGAAUCCACAAACUCUUAAGGAAGUUUGGAGGCUGGUCUCCUGAGUAGCUCCCGGAAUAAGCUGAUGGCCAGAAGGCUGCCUUGCGUGAUUUUCAAACGCCUGUCCAAAGUAGCUUUGGGUCUGUGACGUCCUCCUGGCUACUUUCCAUCUCAACCAGUGGCAAACUCGCCUGACCAAAUAACCAGCCAAGAGACAGCGAAGACCUUCCGUUUCUUUUAUUGCCAUAAACGGGGAGAAGCUUUCAAAGUUUGAUCCUCUCCAAAGUUUACCUUCUCGAAUCAAGAUCUUUUAUACAUUCCCUGCACUGGCCGCCAGUCCCUAUUUGUCAGAAAUGGUGUAGGCUGACUAGAUGACCUGUUAGGUCCCUUCCAAUUUUGUUAAUCUGUUAAUCCUCGUUCCCCAUUGGCUGAGAUAACUAUGAGGUUACAUUUUCUCUGACUGCCUUCUUCAUAUUACCUGCUUCCCUCCCCAAACAUGGCAAGUCAGAUAUUACAUGUGCAUUUAAAUAAGCAAGACAAUUUAUGCAAGGUGGAUCAAUAUUCAAUAGUUUAUGGAGCCAUAUUCUUUUAGCUUGUUUUGCAGUUCCUGGUUAUUUUAUGCAUUCUUCGAACAAUAGGGACUUUCCCAGGGGUGAAAUGUAAAAUUUGUUACCACCAGAUCUGUGGGCGUGGCUUAGUGGGGGUGGGGGUAAAGUGACUGGGUGCACAUGGCCAAGUUUUUUUAAAAAAAAACUUUUAAAAGCAUUUUUUCUACAACCUCUUCGGAAGAGUUUUUAAAAGCUGCGCAGGCUGAAGAAAAAAUGCUUUUAAAAGUAAAAAAAAACCCAACCUCUGAUGAUCCCUCAGUUCAGCUCGGCAUGGGGUGGGGGCAGGGAUUUUUGCUACCGAUUCUCCAAACCACCCACUGCCAUCAUUACCGGAUCAGGUGAUCCGGUCCGAACCAGGAGCAUUUCACCCCUGGUCUUUCCUCUUAUUGAUGAACGUAUCUUUUCUUUUAUGUACACUGAGAGCAUAUGCACCAAGACAAAUUCCUUGUGUGUCCAAUCACACUUGGCCAAUAAAAUUCUAUUCUAUUCUAUUCGUUUUAGUUUUAGUUUUCUCUUUCCUGUUUUUCAGUUUGCUUUGUUUUACCUUUAAGCUAGCUAUUUCCUCUUGUAGCUACCUCCCCUUCCAAUUUUAUAUUCGUAAGAUCUUUCACUUACCUCUCUCAGUGUGGCAGCCACUUCUUGGUGGAUGUUUUAGAAAGCAGAAAUUUGAGGCUGGUCUUGUGAGCAGCUGGUAGAACAAGCUGAUGGCCAGAAGGUUGCCUUGCGUGAUUUUAAAAUGCCUGUCCAAAGUAGCUUUGGGUCCCAGGAAGCCUGGAAUCUUGGUGGUCUUGCAGCCUCCAAAAGAGUGGGAAAGAGCAGCCCUUUUCACUCAUGCUCUUCCCCAUCUGAUCUCUCACCUUCCAUUGAGUCUCCCUACUCAGAACUAUGCAUUGGUCCCUAUUGGACUUCAUCCUGCUGGUUUCUUACCUUUUGGCCCGUCAAGAUCUUCUUGAAUCAUGAUUCUAUCUCCAUUGUUUCGUGUCCUCAACCAAUAAUCUUAUUUUUUCCCUCCUUCUUCCAGGUCAUUUAUUAGAUUAUGGUGGGGCAGGUAGGGAGGAGGUGAGGCUAACAUGGACGGUAUUGUGUUAGCUACAAAAGAAAUGAUGGAGUAUCGCAUUGGAGGAGACUGCUAAACUGAGAGCAAACACCCCCUGCACUUCCUGCUUCACCCACCUGCUCUUCAUUUUUAAUUUGACACUAUUGUGCCAUCAUUUUUUUAUCCCAUUGUUUAUCGUUUCAUUAUUCUGAUAUUGUUUCUGAUUUACACCUAUAUUCAUUUCUCCAUUUUUACUUUCCUAAGUCCCCUGGAGUAGGCCCUCAGUGAGAUGGGUGGCAAAUAAAUUUAAACAACAAGUAAAUAAACAGCACGAAGAAGAGCUGCGUGGUCUUCCCAAGAGGAAGAGGCUGAGCCGUGAAACGGAUCCAUGCGGGGAGAGGAAACGUGUCACGAGAAAGCCAGGAUGGAUUAGCCAGGAUGGGAUGGAGCUCAUAAGCAGAAAAAUCAGAAAGAGCAAGAAAAGGGGAAAAGAAAUGAGUUGCUUACUCUAACCACAACACUUUCCUUCUCUUUUGCUUCUGCGAUGCCUUAAUCUUUUGCGUUGCCUGUUCUGUAGUCCUCGAUUUACGACUACAGUUGGGAUUAGAAUCCCACUUGUUUUGGAAAGUGAUCGUUACGUGAGAUAUCACAUGAUGGCUUUGCUCAAUGAGUGAAAUUCUACACUCACUAUCUCGGUUGUUAAGUGAUUUCACAGUUCAUUAAGUGGAUGGAGCCACAGAUUUACCUGCAAGUCAACUAUCAACAGAUAGUAGAAAAUCAGCACAAGGCAGCAGCUGCCAGAACACAUGGAGUGUGGGACACUUUUGGAUCCCUCAUCAGACACAAGCAGCCCUCUGAAAAACCAGAAAACAUCCCACGAAUGCUCAGAGUGUGGGAAUGGUCUCCAGUCCCUCCUUUUGACCCACAGGAAGGUCCAUGUGGGAAGGGGAUCCAGUCAAGGUUUGAAGGGUGAGAAGUCCUUCUCUGGAACAGACACCAAAGAUCUCGGAAGCCCCCCAAAAAUAAAACGCUAUAAAUGUGAGGAAUGUGAUUUAUGCUUUGGUCUAAAGUCAGCCCUUCUUAGACAUCAGAAAAUCCACACUGGAGAGAAACCUUAUCCAUGUCUGGAAUGUGGGAUUUUUUUCCGUAGAAAAGCCACUCUUAGAAACCACGAGAGAAUUCACACAGGGGAGAAACCUUACAAGUGUUGGGAAUGUGGGAAGAGCUUUUCUCAGAAAUCAAAUCUUUUGACCCAUGAGAAGAUUCAUGCGGGAAUAAAAUCUUGCAAGUGCUUUGAGUGUGGAAAAUGUUUCACCCUGAGUUCAUCUCUUCAGAGACAUUGGAAAACACACACAGGGGAGAAAAAUGAAAAGUGCCUCGAAUGUGGGAAAUGUUUUACCUCAAAAUCAAACCUGGAGCGACACCAGAGACGUCACACCGGAGAGAGACCCUAUGAAUGCCCAGAUUGUGAGAAACGAUAUGUGUAUUCUUUUGAACUUCGGAGACACCAGGAAUGGCACAAAGGGGAGAAACCCCAUCAAUGUGGGGAGUGUGGGAAAGGUUUUCUUACACAAAGUGAGGUUCAGAGUCAUGAAAGAAUCCACACAGGGGAGAAGCCAUUCAGCUGCGUCGAAUGUGGGAAAUCUUUUGGUUAUAAGGGAAAUCUUUCCGCGCAUCAGAAAAUUCACACAGGGGAGAAGUCACAUCAAUGCAACGAAUGCGGGAGAUUUUAUAUUAACACAUCAACCCUUAGAGAGCAUAUAAAAGUUCACACAGGAGAAAAAAACUACAAAUGUUUAAACUGUGGGAGAACAUUUGCUCGUUCAUCUUCCCUUAGAAUUCACAGCCGAAUCCAUACAGGAGAGAAACCUUAUAAAUGCUCAGAGUGCGAUAAAUGUUUUUCACAGAAAGGUUCUCUUGUGAUGCAUCAGCGAAUCCACACUGGAGAGAAACCCUGUAAAUGUCUGGAGUGUGGAAAAUGUUUUGCCCAGCCUUCAGCACUUCGUACGCACACCCGAAGUCACGCAGGAGAAUAGCCUCACAAGUGCACAGAGUGCGAGAAACCUUUUCCUAGUAAAUAAAACCUUUAAAAGCACCAGAAAAUACACAACAGAGAUAAAUCUCUUCAGCUGUGAACAAUGUAGGAAACCCUUUUUCUCCAACAUUCAGUUGGAAACCUUUACCAGGAACUUCACACAGUGACAGAAGGGAAAUCGUACAAAUAUUUGAUGUGGGGAAAAUGUUUUUCCUAGUCAAGCAACCUUAAAUCCCAUCGGACACCACACAGUGAGGCAAAAGGGCACAAGUGCUGGGAGUGUGAGGAAGUUUUGCUCACAAAAGCCACAUUAGUAACUUAUGUGUGGAGUAGAUAUAAUGUUUUGCAGGGAACAGGAAGUCCUCGACUUAGGACCAUCACUUGGAAUGGAUUUCCGGUCAUACGAUGCUACAGUUUAAGUAUUUUUGUUAAUUUUUACCACUUUUGUUGAUCAAUAAAGAGAACUCUGAAGAUUUGGAGAGGAGAAAAUGGGGUGAGGGUGGAAUGAAGAUGCAUCUGGUGCUUUAUUUAGUGAUUAAAUGUUGAUGUUGAAUAUAGUUGCUAAAGAGGAAGAAGAAACGUUCCUUUUUCUUACUAUCUUUUUUGGAGUGAUUUUUUUCACAUUGUCUUUUUCAUGUUUUCAUACAGACACACACAUACUUGUAUUGUUUCUUUGUUGGAUCUGUAAAUACAAUCCUUAAUAAAAUUAUUAUUCAAAAUAAUCAAGAGGACUAUUUUCA